AUGAACAAGCGGCUUCCCUGCCCUGGGAAUUUCCUGAUCUAUAAAAUAGAGAUUGGUGGGUGGACAAGAUGCAAAGCCAUCACUAGGAAUCCCGAUACCCAGGCCAAAUCCAGGCCCCAGCUACUUCCUGUCCCAUCGGAGAAGAUGCUCCCCAAGGUGGUCACCUGUAGCCUACUCCUUCUCAGUGUGCUCUGGAUUGAUGUGGCCUUGGCAGGUUCCAGCUUCCUAAGCCCGGAGCACCCAAAGACCCAGCGGAAGGAAUCCAAAAAGCCACCUGCCAAACUUCAGCCCCGUGACGUGGAAGACUCUUUCAGUCAGCCAGAAGGAGUAGAGAAGGGUUUGGAAAUCCAGUUCAACGCUCCCUUUGACAUUGGGAUUAAAGUGGCAGAGGCUCAGUAUCAGCAGUAUGGGCGCACCCUGGAAAAGGUCCUACAGGAGAUCCUUUCGGAAGAGAACCAAGGAAAUACAGGAGAAAACUGAUGCACUGAAGAGAUGAACCCACACAUUUUUCUAACCAACAUGCAUCAUCCCAUGUCUUGCAUCCAAAUUUGCUUCCCUGACAACUUCCCCAUCUGUGCAUUAAUUGUAUGCCGGGGAGAGAAAUAAAAUUCUCAUUGUAGCCUGAGAUCUCAAAAGGGGAACUUAUUUCAUCCCAGAAGUAUUCUGUAACAUUCUUGGGAAAGAACUUGAGCAUUAGCCAAUAGCAUCAGGAAGACAUAUUCCAUGGGGAGGGAUGAGUGCCCAGUCAGUGAAAACCAGACAAAAUCCGAAUUCUUUAAAACUGACAAAUUAAGGGCUGACUAUUCAAAGGGUAGAGAGUCUCUUCACAAAGGAUCCCCUCUGAGUGGGGUUCUUUUAAAUAUUAGAACUCUCCAAAAUGCAGAGAAGAGUUUGUUUCUAGAUUGCUAAUUAGUGGAAAAGCCACAGCUGAAAGAAACAGUCUUUUUGAUGUCACAGCCCACCAGACCACAAUGGAUAACUAUAAAUUUGUCUGAAAUAAUAUGGAAGUCAAUGAGCAAAGAAGAAUUGAUCUACCCUAGCUCACUAUACUUUCCUAUUCCCUCUAUAUCUUCUGGUGGGAAAUCACAAUCCAUAUUGAGGUUUUUCUGAUAUUGAACUUGAUGGCCAGUGAACUUUGCUGUUCAAUAGCCAUCAGUUAUACCCUUAACCUCAGGGGCCAGGUAGGCCACACAUGUGAUGGAAUUUUAAGGGAACUGUAAGAGUCUUACAUCCCCUCCAUCUCUCUCUUUCCAGUACCCUCCCAGCUCUCUGCCCUACAUGUUGUA